ACAAUUAAUAGAUAUCUAAUCCCUGGCGCCCUCAAAUGCCUUGAAACAGUUCUUUUUAGUUGCCCUAGUGUAGAAUUUCACAUUGUGUUGUCAGCUCCAGCCUCCGUUAUUCACAUUAUGCAAUAAGAGCGCUUCUAACUACUUGUUUUAAAAUUUUAAAACAAAUAAUACAUGCAUAAAAUACAUUUAACCUACAUUCCUCUCACUUGCUAUAUAUACAAUGUACCGAAUGCAAUUAAUGGUAAUUGGACACGGAAAUUAAACCACUAACCGUUUCUAACGGUUGGGACGCUGAUAAAUCCGCCUGAACGUGAACGCAUCAACAGAAACACGUUUUUUGCUGCGUCAUUACGCACAAAGAGCAGUGCGUUCGUCCAAUCAGCUGAAGAGUGUCAGGCUCAGGAAAGAAGCAGAUGAUAUGGCAGCUUUGAGAGCGACCGGGUGGAACUUGCUUUGUUCAUAUGGCUAAAAGAACCCCGAAAACCUUUUGACUGCGAGACGGCGUCAGGACCGCUGCUCGAAAUGAUAUACCUGGUACUUAUAUCUGUGUUCUCUGGAGCAGCGCUGACGUUGCUAUUACAUUGCCUGCUGAUAUCCCGGAGGAGCCCUGAGCCUGUAGGCAGGGCAGUGCAGUAUGUCAAAGUAGUGCCUGAUAACAUACUGAAGGAUUACUUUAAUACCCAGCAUGUCGAAGCGGGACAACAACAGCAGCAGCAGCAGCAGGACAGCACAGCGACCGGUGUCGCUAGUCCUAAGCAGCAAGAGACGGCCUCAACACGCCAACAGGAAGCGGUUGUCGGCGGCGGCAGCCCCAAACAAACACCGCCGCCUAGCCAAGGCGACUCCAGUGAUGCCACCAGACCAGAAACGUGUAAUUUCCUUAACGCUAUAUUUUUGUUCCUGUUUAGGGAGCUCCGGGACACCCCUCUGGUAAGACACUGGCUAACCAAGAAGAUCAAGGUGGAGUUUGAGGAGCUGUUGCAGACCAAGACGGCAGGUCGGCUCCUGGAGGGACUUAGUCUCAGGGACAUCUCCCUGGGCAAUUCUCUGCCGGUGUUCAAAACGGCUACACUCAUCAAGCCGGUGCACAUGAACGAAGAUGGCAUGCCCGAGGAACUAAACUUCGAAGUAGACAUCGAGUAUAAUGGCGGCUUUCACCUCGCUAUCGACGUUGAACUGGUGUUUGGAAAGUCCGCUUACCUAUUCGUGAAGAUGCGUCGAGUGGUGGGCAGACUAAGACUGCAGUUCACACGCAUGCCCUUCUCACACUGGUCCUUCUCCUUCCUGGAGGACCCUCUGGUGGACUUCGAGGUGAAGUCCCAAUUUGAAGGCAGACCUCUGCCUCAGCUCACCUCCAUCAUAGUCAAUCAGCUGAAGCGCGUCAUCAAAAAGAAACACACACUACCGAACUAUAAAAUCAGAUACAAGCCUUUCUUCCCAUUCCAAGUGCAGCCUCCACUUGGUUCCUGUAGUGAUUUGUACCUUUCAGUCCAGGACAGCAGGCUGGUGGAAGGCCGACUUAAAGUGACACUUAUUGAAUGUAGCAGGCUCUUCAUCCUGGGCUCCUAUGACAGAGAAACCUACGUACACUGCACUCUGGAACUCAGCAGUACGCAGUGGAAGGAGAAAACCCGCAGCUCCAUCAAACAGACGGAGGUUAUAAAGGGGCCAUGUGGUAGCGUGGGGAUGACCUUCAGGCAUGUUUCUGCUACUGAGGGGGAUGCAGUCCACGUCAGCAUUGAGACAGUCACACCCAACUCCCCUGCAGCCGUGGCGGAUCUGCAGAGAGGCGAUCGUCUCAUCGCCAUUGGGGGUGUCAAAGUAACAUCCUCUGUUCAAGUGCCCAAACUGUUGAAGCAGGCUGGAGACAGGGUCAUGGUACUUUACGAGAGACCUGUUCGUCACCAGACGUCUUCUAUGGGAAGCUUGGCACCUCUUCAAGAAGGGUAUGGGCAGCUUGAGGAAACUGGUUUUAUCUCACAGCCAAGUGGCUAUGAGGAAGACCCCGCCCCAAUUACUACUAUUUCUGACAUAUCGGAGAGCAAAGACAUGGACUCUGAGUUUGAAGAGUUAAUUGUCGACUCCAAACCCAGCCAUCCUGGCGGUCCUAACAGCAGUAUAGCAAACACUGGUGAAUCUAAAGAUGAUUCCUUACUUACAGUGAACCAAAGCCCCAAAAGAACUGUGGCCAAUUUGGCCUCUAAGCCCCUUGGCACCAUUUCACCCAUUCUCAACCGCAAGUUAAACCUGGUGGGUCUUCAGUCCCCUCUGAAGCCCCUGGCCAAAGAGUCAUCAAAGCCCACACCAAAUAAGACUAGUACUGAUGCUGCAGAGGGUCUGCAGCGCCCUACAGUUCCUCCUCCGCCUCCUCCUUCUCGCCCCCCAGUACCACCAAGACCUCAAAUAAAGCUGACUUCAGCCUCCUCAGAAACCAGUCUUUUGGAAAGCGUUGAUUCUCUUUCAAGUACCGGCUCUACUGUUGCCCCAGUUCUCACUGCAAGUGUCAGUUCUGCUGAAAAAUCACCAGAAAAGGUUCCUCCUUCUAGUGUUAGUGACGAGAAGAUAUGUGUCAAACAUACAGAGGCAAAGCAGCUCACCAAGACGACAGAGUCCUGUGAGGAGCUGCCAGUCUCUUCCAACGCCAACAGCGGUGGCAGGACUGAUCAAAAGGACAAGGCAUCGGAGAGCUCAUGCAGCACACGAGACAGUCUAGAAGAACAAUCCAUUUGGGAGUCACCAGAAACCAUGUUCCGUAACCAGUCAGCACGCUGGCCCAAAGCCUCUGUUGUGUUUGAUAUUGAAGGCAGUCACAAGUACCUGAAUGUUGCUUUGUGGUGCAAAGAUCCCUUUAAGUUGGGGAGCUUGUUAUGCCUAGGUCACGCGAGCCUCCAGCUAGAGCACGUAGCCCUGGAAUGUAUGGCAACAUCCUCAGCAGAGUAUCAGAGCACCUUUAGGUUGGGUGCUCCAGACCCGAAAGCUAAUGUUAGUCGCACCGCGUUGCGCAGUUUCAGCUCUCACAAGGGCUUCAAUGAGAAGCUAUGCUACGGUGACAUCACUCUGAACUUUCACUACUUGGCUGAGGGUGACUUUGAGUGUCCUGGAGGGCUGCUGGAAAGCGAGCGAGAGGGCAGUCUUAAUGAGGAGGAGCUAAAGGAGAAGGAGCAGGUUCCUUCAGCGCCGCGUGACGACCUGGCCUACAAUGUCAUGCAAGUGGAGGUUCGUCACAACUUUCAGGACACACAGUUCCAGAAUCCUACGUGGUGCGAGUACUGCAAGAAGAAGGUUUGGACCAAGGCAGCUUCCCAGUGCAUGACAUGCACAUAUGUUUGCCACAAGAAGUGUCAGGACAAGUGCCUGGCUGAGAACCCUUUCUGUGUGGCAGCAACUGAACGUCGCGGAGCAGACCUAGAAGCCAAAUCUACUAUAAACCGGGCGACUACCGGCAUAACGCGCCAUAUCCUCAACACCAGCUCCCGUCUGCUCAACCUCCGCCAAGUGCCCAAGACUCGGCUUGUUGAGCAGGUAGUUGACGUUGUGCCUGGUGCAGUGGAACCCUCACCCAAGCAUACGCCCAACACUUCCGACAAUGAGAGUAGCGACACUGAGACGUACACCAGUGGAGCAAGCCCGUCCAAACAGCCUACCAGCAGCGGCGGUACUAGUAAACUCGUACGCAAGGAGGGGGGGUUGGACGACAGCGUUUAUAUUGCCGUAAAGGAGAUAGGUCGCGACCUUUACAGGGGGUUGCCCACAGACGAGCGCUCUCAAAAGCUCGAGUUGAUGCUGGAUAAGUUGCAGCAGGAGAUCGACCAAGAGCUGGAGCACAAUAAUGCCCUUCACAUGGAGGAGAGGGAGGCCACAGAUGCCCGACGCAAGGGCCUUAUAAGUACUGCCCUGGCGAAGUCAAGUGAGAGGCUGCAGGCACUCACCUUGUUGAUGAUUCACUACCGCGCAGGCAUCGAGGACCUGGAGUCAGUGGAGAGCACUUCUCCUUCGGAGCAGCAAAGUUUUAAAGGGAAAGGGGAGGUCCUGGAGGAGGAGGCUCUGAUGGGAACUGAAGUCUAUGACAGUGACAUCUGUAGCCCCGUGGAAGUCCCACUGCUGGACGACAUUACUGAGGAGCAGAUCUGCGUGGAGGCACUCCACUGAGGAAAACAUUAGACCAGGGGUGUCAAACUCAUUUUGGUUGUGGGGCCACAUACAACCUAAGUAGAUGUCAGGCAGGCCGGAGCAGUACAAUAUUAAUGAUUACCUAUAAAUAAUAACAUAACAUGAAGUAUUUGUGUAUUUUUUUUUUUCGUUUCAAAAUUCAUCAAGUGGGCCGAAUUUAACUCACUAGCGGGCCAGUUUUGACCAGCGGGCCGUAAGUUUGACACCCCUGCAUUAGAAUAAGGAACAUGUCCUAAGGUCAUGUCCCCCAUAACAUUGUGUGCAGUUUUUGUUUUUUUUUUCGUUUUUUUUUUUUUUCUGGUGAAUCUCAGUAAUCAGUGGGGUUGUUAACGUCCUGUGUUUUAUUCAAAUGAAGUGUACAUUACAGUAAAAAGUACAAACAAACAAAAAAAAUCUCUCUUUAGUUACUUCUGAAUCUUUAAUCCGUUUUAACUCACACAUUGUGGAACAGUCGCCGUCUUUUCUAUUGGUUUUAAAGGGAAAAUGAAAAAAGCUGCACUAUUAUCUGCCAUGUUUCAAUCCGUCUGUGAUUUCCAACAUUUGUCGUAAGCAUUUACUUUCUGUACUUUCUCGUCAAACUGCAUAAAGAGAUGGACCUCCGGUGUUGUAAAUAUUAGGGCAUUCUACUCUUCAUUUCAGUGUUGGAUUUUUGUUUUUGAGUGUGUAGAAAAGUAACAUUUUAAUCCAAGAUGCUGCUAAGACAGAGCAGGUUUACCCAUCCAAGUGUGGAACAUCUCAUCAUGCCUAGCGACUCUUAAUAUAGUGUAUUGACGGUGGAAUAUUCCGAUUGAAUAAUACUAAUUUUUCCGUUUUUUGUCAGAACGGCCAAUUUAUGUUUAAAGUUUCAUCACACAAAAAUUCUUUUUUGGAAAGGUUGUAAUAAGAGUGCCUGUCCUCAAAAACUAAACACAGUAAUAAUGUGGGGUUUUUUUUAUCCUGUAAACUUGUGUAUCGAUGUCACCCAUCCUUAAAAAACCUCUGCUAAGGCAUGUCAUGGACAAAAUGUGACACAUUGAUUUUAUUAAUAUAUGUUUGAUUGAUUAUUAAUGAGGCAAAUGUGAUAUUAAAAUUUGUUUAGCCUCUA